CCAGUACACAAACACAUGAUACAAUGAUUUGUUUAUAAAAAAAAAAGCUAAAAGACAAGUCAUGGUUAACCAACCAUUAUUAGAUGUACUUGCUCAGCUUAGCAAUACUACAUCAACCGAGGUGUCUUUAAUUCUCAGCGAGGAGUCGAAAAAGGGCAUUCAAAUCACCAGCAUCAUCUUCAUGAUCUUGUCACAAGGUGGGUUUGGAUUGUUUUACUCUGGCUUAUCCCGGGCCAGAAAUGCUUUGACACCAUACAUUGCUGUUAUUAUCAACAUGUUCAUAGUUUUGUUUUGUGUAUGGAGUGUCGGUUACACCUUUGCAUGGACGUCAGGAAAUGGGUUCAUUGGCCAUAGGAGGAAAUGGUUUGGAUCAGAAAUGGAUUCCACGGAUUACAUUCCAUGGGCACUGCAUGCCUGUUAUACGAUGUUUGUAGCCAAUAUAACGUGUGGAGGAAUCAUAGAGCGAGGAAGACCUAUCACCUACUUUGUAUUAUCACUGUUUCUUGCCUUUUUCAUUCAUCCAGUCGUUGUUCAUUGGGCUUGGGAUGACGAAGGAUGGUUACAAACAGUUCAUUUACGGGACAAAGAAGAUGUAGUUUUCAAGGACAUUGGAGGAAGCUGUGUUGUACAUAUAUCUGGGGGAGUUUCUGGAUUUGUUGGCGCAUUACUUUGUAAGCCACGGCAAGAAAGGACCAGACAAGUGUCUGCCUUUAAAGUUUUGCAUUCGCAUUCAGCUCCGAUGACAGGCUUUGGUGGUCUAGUUAUAUACUGUGGUUUGAUAACAUUACAGCUAACCAGAGUCAUUGCAACCAAUAGUCAGGCCAAUACAGAAUUAUUAGCUAUUGUUAUCAUCAAUAAUUUUCUCGCUAGCUUAGGAUCUACAUUUGUGGUUUUUCUUCUGGCUUGUGCUUUAAAUAACCUGAAUCAAAGUUCGUCUAAAAGUAAAUUCCACUGGCCAAUGAUACAAGCUGUCGUCAAUGCUGCUUUAGUUGGUAAUGUUUCUGUUGCCGCAGGGUGUGAUACUUACUACCCGUAUAUAUCAUUCGUUGUUGGUUUGAUAGGAGGCCUUGUCUAUAUAUUCUACAGUUUUGUGGUAUAUCUUUGUAUGGUUGACGAUCCAGCAGAGACAUUUGCAGUUCAUUUUGGUCCAGGCUUUUGGGGAGUGCUGGCCACUGCUAUUUUUUCCAGGACAUAUGGUGCAGCUUAUCAAACUAAUGUAAACGGGACUUAUGAAGAGACACCAUACCUUAUAUUUGCAUGGAAUUUAAUUGGAGCGAUAGUUGUAACGGCAUGGUGUUUUGUGUUAGUUCUAAUUGUUCUCCUGGUUGUGCUGUUAAUUGGAAAACUGAGAGUUAAAAGGGAUAUAGAAUGUGAAGGUGUUGAUGCAGAUGCUUUUCAAGAAUUUGCUUAUCCUAUCGAGGCUUGGAAAAGAGCACCAUAUGAAGAAAAGUUCCAAAUGGAGGACGAUGAGUCUGUCAUUAGUGAGAAGCCACCGAUGCCGCAAUCUGAUCAUUACCGUAAUUAUUGUCGAUAUUGUCCAGAACAUGAUGGCCGUUAUCGACCAGUACCUCAUUACUGUCCAGAACACGACAAUCGUUCUCGAACACCACCACCUAGGUACUGCCCAGAACACCAUUUCCACUCAUAUCGUCCCAACUAUUUUAUGACACCACGAGCUAAACUAGCUAGACCUCCUUACGAUAGCAUAUACAAAAUAUAGAAAACCUCUGAUGUGACAAAAUCAAUGAAUUACUGCAAUAUGCAACGAGUGCUGUAUAUAUUUAUACUUUUGUACUUUCAUAAAAAAAAAUAUUAUCAUUUUGA